CCAAGAAAGAGAGGAGGAAAGCGCGGCGAGCAAGGCAAAGCUAGCUGUGAGUAAUCCUCCAACGGGCCUGGGCUGACGAUCACCUCACCUGCUCAGCAACACGCAGUCGUCGUCCCAUCACCAGCUGUGCCUCACGUCAUCACAGCGGAAUCCCCGGGCGCACCCCAGCACCCAUCUAGGUCACUGCGCACGGGACCCACCCAGCCCCCCGUAACGGCGAAGCGGAGCCUCUCCUGCCGCCCGGCCCAAUCAGAGCGGCCGGACGCCCGCCACAUGUCCCGCGGCACGUGAGACCCCGUACGGGGGAAGCGCAAAAGACCUCGCCCCUGCGGCGCGUCUGGACGGACGGAAGGAGGAUCGGAACGGAACAGAACAGCAAAGCCUCUCUCCCAGUUUACUUCGGGUUCGUUCCUCCGGCGGCCGCCUGCACGGAGCCCGGCGCCGGGGCCAAGGCCGGAUUGGAUGGCUCAUGCCGCCCACGCGAGGUCGCGCUGCGUCGUCGCGCUGCUCUUCGCCGUCGCCGUCUUCCUCGCCUGCUUGCCGCCCGCCGCCACCGCCUCCGCCUCCUCGUCUUCCCGGGCAGCGGCGGCGGCAUUGCAACGAGUCGAGAUGGCGGCCAUGUACACCCCGCAGGACCUGCAGGAGAAGCCGGAUGUGACCAAGGACGCGGAGGAGGACGUGAGCACGACGGGGUUCGGCGCGGAGGAGGAGAGGGAGGUGCCCACCGGGCCGGACCCCAUCCACCACCACGGCAGGGGACCCAGGCGCCGGCAGUCGCCCUGAUCGGCAGACGACGAGGAUGCUUCCGUGGGUCGGUUCGUCCAGCGUGAGUGAGCCAUGAAUCAAGAACCAGAUUCUGAUACUAUGUCCUAUGCAUGGGUGCUCUGUUGAAUCUGCACAUUGGAUUCUGAUUCCAUUGUUGUUGUAGGGUACUAAUCAAAGGAAAUGGGGAAGAGCUACAAUUCAUAAUAAGCGUUGUACAAUGAGCUGUUCUUCCCCUAAACAAACUUAUUUGUUAUUCUUAGUUUGUUACUGCUUGCUUGCCUCCCCUGUGAUUUUGCUUUUUUGUGUGGCGUUGAUGUUUAAAUAGAUAACUGGCUCCUGUUUCAAGUGCCUUCUAUACGUUGAUGCAUGAUUGUCCAAUUGAAAUUGGGGCCAAGAAGCAAUAACUCC